AUGCUAUCUAUAAACCCUACCUCUCUCUUCUUCCCUACAAAAAGCACCUCCGAUAUAACCCCCUCUUUCCGCUGCUUUGCGGCCGGAGACGUCUCAUUCCCGCGAUGGCUCCAAUUCACAUCGGCUGCUGAUGCUUCCAUUGGCGGAGGCAGCAUCCGGAUAGGGCAAGAACUCGAUGGAGCCGCUACAGCAGACGGCGAAAGGAAGGGGUUUGGGGGAAAUAGUGGUGGCAGCAGCAUAAGAGUGAAUGCGAAAGAAAAUAAAUGGUCAAGAAAUAGAGAGAGCUAUUUGGCAGAUAAUGAAGAUGCUUUACCUCUCCCUAUGACUUAUCCUGAUUCUAAACCAGUGCCUCCGGAAGAGAUUGAUAAACGGUUAAGAUGCGAUCCUGUAGUCGAGGAUUGCAAAGAAGUGGUUUAUGAAUGGACUGGAAAGUGUCGAAGUUGCCAAGGUUCAGGAUUUGUCAGCUAUUAUAAUAAAAGGGGGAAAGAGGUUACCUGCAAAUGUGUACCUUGCCUUGGAAUUGGAUAUGUACAGAAGAUAACAGCUCGGAACGACAUUGAUGUAAUGGAGGAAUUAGAUAAUGGAAAGCCAUCCUGA